CCCUAUCGUCCGGCUCACAUCUGUCACUGCCUCUCGUCUUUAUAUAACCUUAAAACCAAAUCAAUCAAAUACAAAAAUUCAAGUUUCGGACCCGAGACUCUGUAUUUAGUCAAUUGUUCACUGAAAAGCACACUCGCGCCGCCAAAAUGUCCGACUUUGAGAAUCUGUCUGGUAACGACAAGGAGCUGCAGGACUUUUUGAUGAUCGAAAAACAAAAGGCGCAGGUCAAUGCACAGAUACACGAGUUCAAUGAGAUCUGCUGGGAGAAAUGCAUCGGCAAGCCGAGCACCAAGCUGGACCAUGCUACCGAGACUUGCCUCAGCAACUGCGUGGAUCGCUUCAUUGACACCUCACUGCUCAUCACGCAGCGGUUCGCCCAAAUGCUACAGAAGCGUGGCGGCUCCGGGGACUUGUAAUCGGAUGUGAAGUCGCUAUCCAGAAAUCACCCGGAGCGGGGAGAGUCGCCGGAGCAUGUCGGAGUCGCUCCGUUCCACUGUCCUACUGUUAAAGCUAAUUUUAAACACAAAUUAUCAUGUAAGCAUUUUUUUUCCGCUGCGGGUGCCUCCCAGCUCGCAGCCUCCAAAAACCCAAAUGCCAGCAAUUCGCAAGUGUGUCUCCUGUUCGCCGGCAAGCUGUGCCGGCAUCAACUGUGCCGCAGAACUCCGGAUGUCUGCCUUCUCCGCCGCCGGAGGGGCCUGCGUGUACUGUGCGUGUGUACGGCUCUAUGAACAACUAAUACCAAAAACCAUUGACCGCCAGCCAGACCAACAAAUGUAAAGCCUGUACAAUAUUACAUAUGUUUAGACGGCCUGACGCUUGCGAAACCAAAUAAAGACUUCUUGCGUUUUGUAUGUUAAAUAA